GGAUUCCUACCUUUCCGCGGCUCGCCAUCUAGGGUUUUCGAAUUCGAGAUUAAGUCGGUAGCAACUUCCAAAUCGACAAGCUACACUCGAAAAAUCUGGAUUGAGCUUGUGGAUGCACUAAUCCCGUCGAUCUUUCUGGAAAGAAAUCAAAAUCAGGACUUCAAAAUCGUUCAGGUUAAUUAUGGCUUUCGAGAAGAAGAUUGGACAGGCUGGGCGACUGCAACUUACGAAGAUCAGCUCGACGUUUCUCAAACACCCGCGGUUUGUGAGGAGUUGAUGCUCGAAGUACCAAGACUUGAAACAAAGCAAGCCACCCAGGACGAUGAUCCUCUAACCUCACUCCGCCUUCUCACCCUGCCGAUGCAACCGCCAUCCGCCACUGGAAAUCAUUGGAGUGGGGGCUAA